AUGUCUGCCCCGUUGGACGCGCUUGCGCGGGAGUUCUUUUCGCCUCCAGGUGCGUGCUCCUCGCGUCAGCACCACGAGGGCCGCGGCAGCUCCAUGACGGGAGGCAUGCGAGAAGGUGAGAGUGGCGCGCCGUCACCCGUGGUAGCUGCGGCGGCGCCGUCAUCAGAUUCCUGCACGAAUGAAGCAACCAACAAGAGUGUCGGACGAACUGUGAUGCCGCCGCUGCAGGACGACGCGCAUUUUAUCCCACCUUUGCUGCAGUACUUCAAUCGACUGGCGGUGGCAAGUGCUGCGUCGCCCCGCGCCUUCCCGAACCUUGCACCAGAAGCCGAAGCAGCAGCAACAUCAACAACAACAGCAACAACAACGACCGCAGCCAGUCAGACCGCGCCUCAGCGACACACAGUGUAUAUAUCUCUGGGUGGGUCCGACGCCGUGCUCAGUGCACGUCGCCACCUCCGGUAUGAGAAGUGGCCCCCGGAAUGUAGCGGCAGCAGUGGUGCCGGUAGGAGGCACUCGGUCACUCAUCCAGCGAGCAGCUCCCGCGCCGCGUCUUCGCGUCCCGGCGGAACCGACGCGGGGUGCCUCGUUGCGGAGCGGUUCGACGUCUUUGCAAACUACAUGCAGCCGCCACUGAGCGACUGGGGCGCCUCCUACGAGUCGCUGAGCCGGAGCUACCAGCUCGGUCUCGACGCACUGGUGACGCUGGUGGAGUCGUGCAACCGCUGCAUGCUGCACGAGCGGGGAUCCGCCGCACCCAACACCGCUUCACCGGCGAAGCGCGCCGUCUUCGUGGCUAACGCGGAGUCGGUGUCUUCGGGCGCAACACCAGCGAUGGGAGCAGCGGCAGCUGCGGUAGUAGCAGCAACAGCAUCAGAGGGCCUGGGUGAUAAGCGCGAUGCGAUUGUGGUUCGCCUCAAUAGCCUUUUCCGAAGCCUCAUAGAGCGUGGUGAGCGUGUGCUUGCGCUGCACAUCAUCAUCCGUGUUGCCUCAUGGCGGUUCGCGAGCAAAAACGAGCGCGUCACCAUUCUCUUCAACCAUCUGCGUACAUGCCUGCCAACCGCACGCAUAUCUACUGCCACGCUUGCGAUGGAGGCGUGGGGACAACUUCACUCUAUUGAGGCGAGCUCCUCUGUGUACCUCAAAGCCGCCUCAGAGUUGCUGUCACUUGCGUGCGGCUUUACACAGUACGGCCAUUCCUUAGCAGAACAGUUGACGGGGCUUGUUAUUAUACGCCACGUGGCGUUGUGGCCAACCUCUCUGUACCGCGCGUUGCUGUCAAACGAGCGCGACUCUCUCUUGUUGGCAACGUGGACGUCGUUAUCCAACGAUGCCUUCCCACCACGAGUGCGGGAACUCGCGGCGGCGACGCUGCACGCGUUGUUCGUUAUUGCGCUGGAGCAGCGGAACUUCCGCUCUGUGCACACGGUGCUACAGCACGCCGUGAUGCUGAUGUUGUCCCCGGAGAAUAAGGUGGAGUUUCCCAGUAUUUACUCUCUCUCAACGACAUUGCGGUUACCGCAUGGGGCUCAUGACUUGCCACAAGAAACCAUUCCGAGCACUGGCCCCAGCAACGCUGCUGCUAUGCGGCAGCCGUCGUUACGACCACCCAAUACGCCUCAAGCAGUAACGCGGCGCGGUGAUAGCAAGAACAACAGCAUCGCCAGUGGCCAUGCACACCCUUUUGAUCAACUAAAGGCGAAGAUCUUUUCGAUUGGACGGCGUGUGUUUGGCGGUGGUAAAAGCAGCCAGCGUCGCACAUCAACCUCCGCGUUAAAUCACUCUGUUGAUGCCGUGAUGAGCAACAACGACACCGCGACCGCCGAGGCGGAUACGGAGUUCUGCGCUUCCGUCUCGUCGUGUUUUGCCCUGCCGGCGUUCACCAGCAACGCGUUGGGCGCGAGCGGUCCAACGACCAGCGCAGCAGGCUUGGGACACCGCAAGUUACAGCAUCGUCUUGCCCAGGUGCCGCCACCACCCAACUUUGAUACAAUCCUGCACGCCGGAACACUCGUCGUGGGAGCCUUUGUCUCCGCUGUGCGCUACUGCUUCCCAUACUGGGAACCAUCUGUGACGGAUCUUGCGGAGAAACACGCACACCCAGUAGCUGCUGCUGCUACUGCUACUACCACUGCUAGCACUACCACUGCUUCUGCCGCAGCUGCUGCUGGUGUUUCUGUCUCUGCGAUCUCGGGAGAGGCGACACGCGGAGCAGCCGUGACUACAUCGACGACAGCCAUUAUGCCUGGGCCGAUAACGGUGGCAGACUCCCCGUUGCGGGUACUGUCGAGCUCACGCUCAUCCUGCGUGAGCAGCCUGCGUAGUGGGAGACGUGACGUGUCGCCGCGUCGCCACACCGGUGAAUUGCCGCUCGAUGUUGAGGAUGACGCGUCGCACGGCACCGAGACGGACGAAUCCGUCUCUGGCGCGCUACAGCGGCAGGAUGAUGAUGAUGAUGACGACGAUGAGGACAAUGAGGAGGACGAAGGGGAGGAGGGCUCGGAGUGGUGCAGCUUCUACCGAGCAGGAAAGGCGGGGCGCCGCCCGUUUGCGAUGCCGAUUCUUUUGCACCGCAGCUCUUCCCGCGUUGCCUCUGCCUCCUCACACCUACGCCACACUGCUGCGUCUGCAACAGUGGCGGCACCAACGCCAAGUGAGGUGGUACGGCCGCACCACCAUCACAUCCCCCACCACCCCGACUCGGAGGGGCGGCAUACGCGGACCCCGUCACUGUUGCCGAGCGGCUCCCGCAAAGUGGCGGAGUUGGAGCACUUUCUCACCCCCCGCAUGCUGAGGAAGCUGCUGGCGCUCUGCUUGUCGUCUGCCGCACCGCGGGAGUCGGCGCAGCUGUCAUCGUGGCACACGGAGCGGCUAUUGCCCCUUCUCGCGCUGUACAGUCCGCGAAGGCUACACGAGGAAGACGUGAAGAAGGCGCUGCGCCUGCUGCUGAGCCGAUCGCUCGCGGUAUUCAGCGACGGGGAGGCGACACACCACCAGCAGCAGAGACGGGAGUACGGUGAAGAGAUGGCGCGUGGCGGCGUUGCGGCGGUGAUGUACCACGAGAACGACCCGCGCGCUCUCUCGCUCAUCAACAUAGGCCUCUUCCUUUCGGCCAUCGCCACCACGCACCCGCACCUUUUCGAGGCAAUGACCAAACAGCACGUGUACCCCCUCUUAUUCUGUGCCUUGCAGCGCGAUGCGGCGACGUACUGCCCCGCCGCAUUCUCCGUUCUCGCGCUGCUGGUGCACAACAUCCCUGUGGAGCUGCGCGAGCGGUUCCAACCGAUGGUUGAGGAACUGACGGAGAUGGCCAUCGCGGCGCCUUUCACAACAGAGAUGGCGGGCGUUGCGGCAAAGGUGUGCGCUGUCUACAAGGAACUGCGGCUGCGCUGCCGGGGCGCGCUGCUGCAGCGCAUCGCAGAGGUGCUCACGGAGAGCGGCGCGGUGCAGAGCCAGGUGGCGCGGAGUGUUGCAGGUACCAAGGAUGGCAGCGACAUGGAUAAGACAGUAACAUCAGGAGCAGGAGAAAUAAACUCACUAGACGAGCCAGCAGGACUAGCGCGAAGCUUCUUCAACCUGGAGGAAAAGAAAAUAUGUUUCCGCGUGCUACAGGGCUUCUGCACCAACUGGGAGGGAACCGCCUUCUUCUUUCUGGACGUCUGCACACCAUACAUGCAUCACCGCAAUGCGGCGCUGCGGCGGGAGUGUGUGCUUGCUUGCGUCCGCCUCCUCCUCUCCGACUGCUUCCGCGCCUUGCCGCUAGAAGCGGGUGGACUAGCCCCAGCAGACUGGCGAAUAAAGCGGGUGACAUGCAACCCUAGACGUGUGCCUUUGACAAGUACCCGUACGAGUGCNACGCAUGCGACAAGCCACGUCUCCCCCAUGCACGUGCAGAUGAGGGCGAUGGAGGUGGCUGCCACGGCCGCCACAACCACAGUCGGCAACAGCAACAUGCAGCUCCCACACACAGCAGCGGCAGCGCCGUCGUUGGGGGGCGAUGUGGCCGUUACAUGCGAUCGCCACACGGGCCGGUCGCACAUCAACACGCUGCGGGAGGUGCUGCAUCGCAUGGUGGAGGUGGCCGUGUGCGACCCUGAGGCGUCAAUCCGCAACGUGGCGCUGCGGAAUCUCUCAACCGAGACAGACCAGUUUCUCGGCACACACGCGGAGAUUGUCGAUCUCCUCUCUGCCGCACUCAACGAUGAGUACCCACCCAAUCGUGUGGAGGCGGUGCGUAUUCUGCGCCGUGUCGCACACUCCGUUCCAUCGGUAGUGUACCCACGGCUACGGAAGGUGCUGCUGCAGACGCUGCGCGAUUUUCAGGAGCGUGCGGUUCUCUCACGCCCACAACGCGGGGGGGCGAGCAACACUAGGGCUACGGCUAACGCCGAAAGCACAAACAUCGACGCCGAGCAGCUGAAGUUUCUGUUUGAGGUGAUUCAGGUUGUGCCGCACUCGAUGCCUCUGCACAUGGACAGCAUACUGCAGCUGCUGCAGGAGGUGCUGAUGCCUCACCACGCGGCGGAGCGCGGCACGGUAGUCGUGGCCCUCCGUAUGCUGUCCUAUCUUAUGGAUGAAAUUACACGCGAGGAGUGGCACAAGUUUGAGGUGCUUCUCGAACUUCUUUCAGCGCAGCUGUUUCUCCGUGAUGGGGAUGUCGACCGACUACACGCGGCCAUUGGUGCCAUACAAAAGAUUAUUCAAAGCGUCGUUGUCACAAAGCCUUUCUAUAACACAUGCGAUUUGCAGUCCAUUGUGGCUAGCUCACAGUCUCUGCUGUAUCAGAAGCCGUCUAUUGGCUCGGAGCUGUCGCUGUCGGUUCUUAAGCUGCUCGGCACUAUCAGCUCCAUCGAGUCACACCACCAGCGCGGCGACACACAAGGCACGGCGGUGAUGCUUGGGCGCCCGGAGUUCAAGUACCGACUCCCACUGCCACUGCACAUCAACACUGUCAAGCUUUCACAUCAAAAAAUGCAAGGUAACCGACUUCGUGCGCAGUUCACGGAGGAGAUGUGGCCAGACACCAUUCUGUGUACUCUACUCCGCACCUUCUCGGAGGCGCUUAACGGUAUCCUCGCAUUCACCAACGAGGAGCUGCAAGCAUGCCUCCAGGCAACUGUCGCCAUCCUGCGGGACGCAGGGGCGCUGCAGAAUUUGGAGCGCUACAUGCCAGCGCUCCUGAGUGUUCUCGCUGGGCUGCUGGAACGCGCCGGCGCCGAUGCCCCUCUGCGCGUCUCGACGAUGGAGAACCUUGCGGAGCUGGUGCAGCUCGCUGGUCGCGGGAUUGCCCCAAUGUACUCCCUUUUGGUGGCAUUCCUCGAUCAGCACUGGGUAUCAUCGCGCUACGCGCUGUCCAGCAGCUGCAAACUGCUCAUGGCGCUCUGCACGGCUGUUCCAGAUUUGGUGCAGGAACACUGUGUGUGGUUCCUGUCGCUUCUACUGGGUAAGCUGAUGCAACUCGUUGGCGAGGGGGCUCCGGCUUCUCCAACUGGGAGCUCCCAGCCGCUGCUUGGCGGUGUCUCACACACCGCGCGUGACACCGCGGCGGGAACCACCACGACAUCUAUGGUUGUUCGCGAUGUGCUCAAGGCAAUUCAUUCGCUGUUGCCUGUGGCAGAUCAAUCCACCGUGCAGUCCGCCUGCCUGGCGCUCUCGCAGCUGCUGCGCAACUCUGGGAGCCCAGCGGGGGCGCUGGUGCCGUUCGAAGCAAACACGUUGCAACACUCUACUGAUUCUUUCCCCCACUUCGACGCAGAGGUGAGCCGUGAUAUUGCGCAGGUUCUGGUUUGCCUCCUCGGCGCCUGUGAUGUGACGGCGACCGCCACGACGGUCGUUGAAAGUGUGCUGCUGCAGCUGUGUCACUACGCCAAGGUUCACAAGGUGGCACUGGAAAACCUGGCGGAAGAACUACAACAGCAGCAGGAGCAGCGAAAACAACGGCAGUUAUUAUGGCCACGGCACAGAGUCUUUGGCAAUACGCCAGAAUCCAGCUUGAAUCGAAGAGCGCUGGAGCAGGAACUCCGACGACAACGCGGUAGCCAGAUCCAGUGGUUCAACAGCUCCUCGCUGGCACGCUUGGUGCUGGAAAACACUGGUGAGGGUCGUCCAGCCGUUGUGAGUGCAUUUCCCUUUGAAGAGACGGCCACAUCGUGGGAGUCGCCGGUCGAGUUGGAUCUUCUUGCGUGUGUGCUCCUCGUCGCUGGUCGCUGCCGAAUGCCGGCCGUUUCCUACGAUCUCAUGAUUGGUGAGUACCUUGAGCAGCGCUUUGAGCCAAGCAGCGCUGUGGUGGACUUCUUUCGCUGCGCUACGUCACUUCACUACCGCUUGUGCCUCCUACCAGUAGGGAUCCAGCAUCCACAGCAGCAGCAGCACCAACAACAACAACAACAACAACAACAGCAGCAGCAGCAGCACCAACGGCAACAACAACAACAGCAGCAGAGAUUAGAACAGCAAUCACCAUCAACACCCCNUGGUGGACUUCUUUCGCUGCGCUACGUCACUUCACUACCGCUUGUGCCUCCUACCAGUAGGGAUCCAGCAUCCACAGCAGCAGCAGCAGCACCAACAACAACAACAGCAGCAGCACCAACAACAACAACAGCAGCAGCAGCAGCACCAACGGCAACAACAACAACAGCAGCAGAGAUUAGAACAGCAAUCACCAUCAACACCCCCGCAACAGAGACAAGAAAGGUGGUCAGCUUCUCACGCCUCGGGCUCCGACAUCGGUACAACAGCAGAUCCUUUGUUGCCGUCGACACAGGUGACGAGCGGACUUCGGAGCUCGCGGCCUAG